UGAGGUGGAAAACUAUGAAACAGUCUGCCUCUCUCCACGCAUAGGCUCAAAAGCUUUUUUACAACCCAUGAAGAAGAAGAGUUUUUAAGCAAUCAAAACAAACAUCGUUUUCAUUUUCAUCCAAGCUUUCUUCAUUAUAUAUUUUCCCCGUAUCAAGUUUCGUUUUUUUAUGAUUUCAUAUCUGCAUUUUCCAGUUUAGGAUCGACAUUUCUCUCUCGACCCUUUUCUUUUUUUUGUUGCCUCAGAAAGAUUCGUCUUUCUUCUCUAGAGAUUGCGAUUGUUUCGUAGUUUUAAGAGAUACAAAAAGAUGAGUUUUAGGGAUGAAACGGAGGAGGGUAGAAAUGAUCUUCGGCGACCCUUCUUACACACGGGAAGUUGGUAUCGGAUGGGUUCGAGACAAUCUAGUAUGUUGGAAUCGUCUCAAGUUAUUCGUGACAGCUCAAUUUCUGUCUUAGCUUGUGUUUUGAUUGUUGCUCUUGGUCCGAUUCAAUUCGGAUUCACUUGUGGUUAUUCCUCUCCAACUCAAGCUGCCAUUACUAAGGAUCUUGGUUUAACUGUAUCAGAGUACUCUGUUUUUGGGUCUCUAUCCAAUGUGGGUGCUAUGGUUGGAGCAAUUGCAAGUGGUCAGAUUGCUGAAUACAUCGGACGAAAAGGGUCUCUAAUGAUUGCUGCAAUCCCCAACAUUAUUGGAUGGCUGUCGAUAUCAUUCGCAAAAGAUACUUCUUUUCUAUACAUGGGAAGAUUGUUAGAAGGUUUCGGUGUUGGGAUUAUCUCUUAUACGGUGCCUGUAUAUAUAGCCGAGAUUGCUCCACAGAACAUGAGAGGAGCCUUAGGUUCAGUUAAUCAGCUUUCUGUUACAAUUGGGAUAAUGCUGGCGUAUUUACUUGGUCUCUUUGUUCCAUGGAGAAUUCUUGCUGUUUUGGGAGUAUUGCCGUGUACAUUGUUGAUACCUGGUCUUUUCUUCAUUCCUGAAUCUCCUCGGUGGUUGGCAAAGAUGGGUUUGACAGAUGAUUUCGAAACUUCAUUGCAAGUUCUUCGUGGAUUCGAUACUGAUAUUACUGUUGAGGUUAAUGAAAUCAAGAGAUCUGUGGCAUCAUCUAGCAAACGUUCUGCAAUUCGGUUUGUAGACCUGAAGCGCAGGAGAUACUAUUUCCCACUGAUGGUUGGUAUAGGGCUCCUUGUACUUCAACAACUUGGAGGAAUUAAUGGCGUCUUAUUCUAUUCAAGCACAAUUUUUGAAUCCGCAGGGGUGACAUCAAGUAAUGCGGCAACAUUUGGAGUUGGCGCUGUUCAGGUAGUGGCGACUGCAGUAGCGACAUGGUUGGUGGAUAAAUCAGGUCGUCGACUUCUGCUCAUGAUCUCAUCUAUCGGGAUGACGAUAAGCCUUGUUAUUGUGGCAGUCGCAUUUUAUCUUAAGGAAUUUGUAUCACCUGAUUCCAAUAUGUACAACAUUCUAAGCAUGGUUUCCGUAGUUGGAGUUGUGGCUAUGGUCAUUGCUUGCUCUUUAGGAAUGGGACCAAUUCCAUGGCUGAUCAUGUCUGAGAUUCUUCCAGUCAAUAUAAAGGGUUUAGCCGGAAGUAUAGCAACUUUGGCAAACUGGUUCGUGUCAUGGUUAGUCACAAUGACUGCAAAUAUGCUAUUAGCUUGGAGCAGUGGAGGAACUUUCACUCUCUACGCUUUGGUUUGUGGAUUCACUGUGGUCUUUGUGAGUCUUUGGGUUCCUGAGACUAAAGGCAAAACGCUUGAAGAGAUUCAAGCUUUGUUCAGAUGAUCAAAACAAAGAAGAAGAAGAUAAUACACAAUUUUUCACUUAUGAUUACUCCAUUACAGAUCAUUCUUUUGUGCACCUCUGUGUCUGUAUUUCUUGCUUUGUUCAGUGUCCUCCUUUUGGACAUUUGAUUAUAAUUUGUUUAUCUUGUACAAGCAUAUCAUUUUACUUUAAAUUUGAUUCUUUGUGUAAUUUUUCGGAUUCUUGAGAUCAAUAGCAAUAACUUGAG